AUGGAAGGCGCGGCCGACCAGGCCUCUCUGCCUCGCCAGAGGCCUCACAAGGAGCAUGUAGAUGCUUCCUGCGCAACCCAGCCAGCCGAGGCUGGAAGACAGGGUUCGGCUGGACGGAUUGCAUCUCCAUCUUCCUCCUCUCGCAGUCCCAUCUGGCCUCCCCCGAGCGGCACCGAGACGCGCGCCGGCAGCCUGGGACCAAGGACGCCCACACCCAAUCGCCGUGGGUGCCGCUUUCCCAGCCUGGACGAGGCGCAUCGCAACAUCGCGUCCCGCAGCGCGCAGAAGCCAGCCACUGGCGGGCACCAGCCCAAGCAUCCCGACUCUGGCGCUGCAACCCCGCGCGACGCCUCGAGCAGCAGCAUCAGCACAUCGCCCACCAACAAUGAUUCCACCCUCGCCAGCUGGACCCGAGCCCGCUCCCGCAAGGACUCUGCCGCCAUCCACGACCUCUCCUCCACAGAGCUCACCAUCGGCGUCAAUGCCAUCGCGCUCCAGGAUCUGAGCCCGACCGAGUCGCGUCUCAGCUCCGUCAAAGGAUUCGCCCUUGCCGAGGCCAAGCCCGCCCCCGGUCAGGACUCCGAGAAGGAUCACGGCAGUGAGCAGCAACAUCAGCAGCCUCUGCCAGCCACUCCCGCCCCCAGACUCGCGCCUACAAGCAGCGUCGACAACGCCCUGGCUUCAAUGCCUGCGGACCCCUCAACCAGCACCGUCGAUCGCAUCUACGAGCAGUACCACCACUCACCAUCGGGGCAGGACGUUUUCCACGCCCAGCCGCGGGGUGGCGGGCUCGAGGCGCCCGAGAGCAGCGCAUACCAGUUCGGUUCUGCGAGCAGCAAGUUGAGCCCUGCUAAUCUCAGCGAGCUUCGGUCCGGCGCCGGCGCGCGUUGCGGCUUCCGGCGGGAUGACGGAGGGAACUACGCCGAUUCGGAUCGCGAGCCUUCUUCGAGCCAGGGCGGCGGCCUCCAGUCAGAGCACCCAGACCUCGGCGUUGGCCAUGGCCUGUUCACGAACCAAGCGACCACGCGAAGCCCUAUCUGGCCUGGACUCCUCUCUGCCGGCGAGGCCCCUCCGUUCUCCCUCCCUAGGAUCCCGACCAUCGAGUACUCGGAGCCCUCGGACGGCCACGGCUACUUCCACGGGCAGGCCUUGUCGUUCGGACCCUCUAUCUCGACCCUCUCCGAUUCUCAGGGUCUUCUCAACGGAGACCUACAUAGCGAUGGACUUGUUCCUCACCCCCUUGCGCUGCCGGCGCAUGAGGUGGCCGAGGACAGUAGCCCUAUGCGAAGGAACCGCUUCAGCACCGGUGCGACCUCCAUGGGUGCCACCACCGAGUCCAACGCGGAUCCGUUCGAGUACGACAGGUACGACGUUUUUCCCGUGUCGAAAAAGGAGCGAGAGGUCAGUGCAGUUCUGCGGCGCCUGAGCACUGCGAGCAGGACUAGCAAGUCGGCCAGCCCCGAGAAGUCGCCACAAAAGAGCUUCACUCUACCGUCUCCCAUCCCCGAACAGGAUACCCCUGGCGAGGUGGGCCACAUUCGCUCCGUCAAGGGCCCGGCCACACGGUUUCACUUCCUUGACCAGGGCGCUAUCAAGUCGUCUUGGCAAGUUCACCAGGGCAGUGGCGAAGCUGUCAAAGUGCCCGUCAGGCCCUCACCGCCUCUACCUGUUGCGAACGAGAAGAGCCGACAGCCCGGCGUCCUUACAGAAAUGAAUCUGAAUGGCAGAGAGGGCGAGAAGACACCGAGCCACUAUGGUGCUUCUGUAGCCCCCAGUGACAAUGACGACUGGGAAACAGUGGCGACUGCCAAGGGCGCCUACAGCAGCCCUUACUGCGUACCCCCAGCGAUGCCGAGGAAUGUUCUCCAGAUGACAGGAAGUAGCCUUGCCGACGUCUCAGAUGACGAGAUCAGCAUGUACCAUGCCACGUUCGACGAGUAUGGCUCUACCGAACGGAUUGUUCGCCAUCCCUCUCAGGGCUCCUACCGGGGGGAGCAGCCGCCGCUGAAGCUCAGACACAUCAAAGAUACCAAGAUGCCUGUAUUUGUGCCUCAGCAGCGCGUCCAUCGGGUCAACGGCCUCGCCCAAAACUCGAUCCGCCUCCUCCAGGGCUCUUGCUCGAGAGAAAAGACUGGUCCCAGAGAGAGGUCUCAGCCCCGCCACUUCAAGACCCCCUUUGGCAUCAUUGGCGGAUCUCACAAGCAUUCGCAUAAGCCCUCCUUCAAUGUGGCCGAGUCAUCUCGCUUUGAGUUCAGAGACUCUGGAUGCAGCAGCACCUACGGCAGCCAGGCAUUACCUGCCAGAAACCUGGGCCAGAAAGACGGCCACCAUGCCUCGUCGGACGCCGACACCAGGGCCUAUGAAGCUAGGACUGCUAAAGACUACCUUUAUGAGAGCUCGGUGUACCGUGCACAUGCGGACAACGAGGACUCGUUUGCGUCGGCCGACAUAUCGGGCACGUCCCACAGCUUCAACUUCCCGCUCAUCUCACUGCCCGAGGCCGCGAGGAUACAGGCGCUCCGGAGAGAGAGUGGGAUCGACGACCAGACCGUGACGGGGAGGGAGAGAACGCGAAAGGAAAGCUUUGCUUCCUCGAGAAAAACGAAGGGCACCCUUGACUCGAUCAGGCUCCCACGGAUGCCAGAGAAUGCCCACCGUCGUGUCCCGACACCGCUGUUUGGUGCUAGGAAGCCUAGGAACAAAGGUUCCAGAUCUGGUGAGCUUUACGACCCAUACAACGACGCUGUCAACACGUCCCCCCUGAGCUCCAAGAUGGACUCGCCGCCUGACCACGGCAGCCAGGGCUCCAACGGCUACGGCACGAGCACGGCAACCUUUGGGUCGUCUCCUCUGAAGAACAAGCUGAGUGGGAUCUGGCCGUCGCGACGAUCGCAGAUCCCGCGGCUCUACCCGUGGGACGAGCGCCGGAUGCAGCAGCCGCCGCCCGAGAGCGACCCAUCGCUGAGGGCGCUGGCGAACAGGGCGAAGCUCCCGGGAUCCAUGGCGCUCACAUACAUGUCCAGCGAGGGGCGGGCCAAGCAGCGUCGAUGGUUCCUGGCCAUGCUGCUCGUCAGCGCAGUCUUCCCGUUCCUCGCCGUCCUCGUCUACUUUGGCAGGCUCGACGGGCUCCUGUCGUACUACACCAAUAGAGAGGCCACGGAGCUGACGCAGACCCAGAGGAAGAUGGUGCUGGCUGUCAUGCUGCUCGGGUUCUUCAUCUGGACGACCAUCGUCGUCGUAGUAGUCAAGAAGCUUAGCGGCGCAUUCUAG